GAACAGGAAGGGAGAACUCAGCUGGAGUCAGGGAGCGGGGGGGUAGGAGCAAAUUCCGCAACGCAGAAUGUGAGACGAGCCAGCCCGGGAGACGCGGGCCGCCUCGGGAAGGGCGCAGAGUAGGCCCAGCAUCUCGAAAGGGCUUUGAUUUGAUCCUCCGCGCGGAACAAGUUCACCCCCCUCUCCGCCCCGUACCCAGUUGUCCCCGGCCCUCACGGGUGCCCGCAGAAUCCGUCCUCCUCGUCCACCCCCGGGAGGCCAGAGCCCUCGUUCCGCACUCCCGGGACGCCCGAGGCGGGCCACAUCCUUGCAUCUGCGCCGUCGGAGAUCCAGCAACCCCCACCCCGAGUCAGUCCACCCUCAGCUCGGCCCUUCCAGGUGAUGGUGUGUGGCCAUUGCGGCCCCUGGCGCGCAGGUGUGGGCUUCCCAAACUGGGCCGGGGAGGGGGCUUUGGGCAACGUGCUGGCAGCCUCGGCAGACGCCGGAACCAAAUCCUGCACCCUCCGGAAGAAUCCAAACUCCGUGCCCUUUGCUACUAGGAGCUUAUGGAAACCGUUCCCAGACCGGGUUUGCUCUGAGAGGGAUACAGGGCUAUCUGCAGGCCUGGAUGAAGGAGCCCUGGGCUUUAAGCUGAGCAGGCAAAAAAUGGGCCCCUGCUAGGGGCUCUGCGGCUCGCGUGGGGGACCCAGGGGCGCGGUGCCCCGAGAUGACUCUGGCCGUGCCCGGCGGCCCCCAGCCCCGGCCAGGCCGCUUUCCACCCUGGACAUCAUGAGUUACUUUCUAUCUUACUGUAAAGCUCAUGGCGGUGCACUGCUCACCGGCUACCAGGCCCUGCGCGCUGAGGGCUUCCUGUGCGAUGUGACGCUGGAGGCCGAGGGCAGCGAGUUCCCGGCCCAUAGGUCGCUUCUCGCGUGUUCCAGCGACUACUUCAGGGCCCUGUUCAAGAGCCACACCCGGGAAUCCAGGGCGCGCGUGAUCCACCUGCACGUGCCGUCGGCGGCCGGCCUGCAGCGCCUGCUGGACUUCAUCUACACCGCCUGGCUGCCGCUCUCCAUGGACACGGUGGAGGACACGCUCGAGGCCGCCAGCUAUCUGCAAGUCACCGAAGCACUGGGGCUGUGCGGUCGCUACCUGGAGCGCCAGCUGGCUCCAGAGAACUCUUGCUUCGCCGCCAACGUGGCGGCGCGCUUCGGCCUGGCGCACACGUUAGGCGAGGCCGAGCGCUGCAUCGUGCGCCACCUGCGGGAGCUGCUGGUGCGGGGCGCGGGCCCCGCGGGGCUGCUGGAGCUGAACCCCACGUCGCUGAAGGCUGUGUUGGGUGCCCCCGACGUGGCGCGGGUGCCUGAGACCUGGCUGCUGGGUCUGGCGUUGGCCUGGCUGCGGCAGGAGCCUGAGGCCGAACGCCUGGCCCACUGCACCUCGCUGCUUGAGCGCGUUCGCUUCGGCCUAGUACCUGCAGACGUGCUGCGGCGCGUUUACUCGGGCUCUGGCCUCGUGCUGCCCGCCCGGGUUAAGGGCCUCAUUAUCCAGGCCCUCAACUACCACACUGCGCCCUCCCGCCAGCCUCUCGUGCAGGGCGAGCAGACCAGCGUCCGGAGCCCCCAAACUCGCAUCUUGUUGGUCGGUGGGCGCAGGGCGCGGGAGGCAGUGACCGAGGAGGUCGCGGCCCCACCGCCGGUAGCCAGGGGCAGGGGCGCCAUGGCGGAGCCCGAGGAGGAGGAGGGGGAGGAGGAGGAAGGUGAGUUGGAAGAGGAGGAGGAGGAUUGGGAGCUCACCCAAGACGUGGUGGCUUUCGACGUGUACAACCACCGCUGGCGCAGUCUCACGCGGCUGCCUGCACCGCUACUGGGGCACAGCGUGUGCACCGCAGGCAAUUUCCUGUUCGUCCUGGGCGGGGAGAGCCGUUCGGACGGCGCUUCCUCACCCCUGGCAGGCGGACAGCGGGCCGUCACGGCCGAAGUGCACCGUUAUGACCCGCGCUUCCACGCUUGGACGGCGGUGCCUGCUAUGCGAGAAGCGCGGGCCCACUUCUGGUGCGGCGCGGUGGGCGAGGCGCUCCUGGCCGUGGGGGGUCUGGGCGCCGACGGCGAGGCGCUGGCGUCGGUAGAGAUGUACGACCUGCGCCGGGAUCGCUGGACGGCUGCCGGGGCGCUGCCGCGGGCGUUGUAUGGCCACGCGGGGGCCAUCGGGGACCGCGGCAUCGUGUACAUCUCUGGGGGUAAGGCGGGGAGAGGCGAGGGCAGCUCGAGCAGCCUCCGGGACAUGUACACCUUGGGCCCUGGGGAGCGAGCGUGGAGCAAGAGGGCGCCCAUGAGCACUGCCCGCUUCGGGCACCACAUGGCUGUGCUGCGAGGCGCGGUGUUCGCUUUUCUGGGGCGCUAUGAGCCCUUCUCUGAGAUCGAACGCUACGAGCCCGGCACGGACCAGUGGACUCGACUGCGACCGCUACCUUAUGAUCGCUUCUGCUAUGGGCUGGCCGUUGUGGAAGAGACGGCGCUGCUGCUGGGCGGCCUCAAGUGGCGGGAUUCGCGGCAGGUGUCUACCCGCAACGUGGUGGGCUACGACCUCGACCUGGACCGCUGGGAGGACAUUGGCUGCGCGCUACCCUGGGCCUGGAACGGCCUCCAGUGUGCAGUGCUGCAGCUGGCUGAGGGUGGGGAUGAGGAGAGGGAGGGAGGGUUCGGAGAAACGCCAGAUUUAAUGCUGGACUUAAUGGGUUAGUGCAGUCUCCGGGCGACAGGGGAGAAAAAGUCGCGCUUGAGCAGGUUUACAGAGUAAUACGUGGGCUUUUCCUAAGAAUGGGACUCUGGGAGCAGGGCGGCUUCUGAAGUUUAAAUAUGCAAACAAGGGCUUGGCCCAACAGGAACAUUUCCCCUUAAGCUGAGAAUGGGAGACAGGAUGAGUCAAAACAGAAGGAUAUAUGUAUCUGCUUCAGUGAGCUGGAAGUCUAGGAAGACUCACGCUGGACUAGAGAUGGACUUUUGCAAAGAAGAUAUGACCCUGUUUUCCCUCUUAAAGUGUUUCCUUAGGUGCUAGACUGAUUACUUGUGCUAAACAAGGCCAAAAAUGUACAAGAAAUUAUAUACAAAACCCAGAAAAUUGUUAGCUAUAAAAGCUGUAAUAAAUAGUCCGAAAAUAUGGCAUUAUCUGAAUAAAUAGUGAAGGGAAAGUGCCUUCAUUAAAUAGCAUGAAAUCACUGUAAGGAGAGCUAUGAUUUUAUGAUCCAGAACCAUGUUUAUAGUUCUGUUCUGUUGGUUUAAUAUAAAUGUAGAACUGAGAGAGAAAAAAAAAUCUCUAGGAAAGCACUUGUUUUUGGAAAAAGUAUACUAGGUUAAGUUUUUGUGUCCCUCAUCCUUAAUCCCUAGCCUGCUUUUGCCUUGGCUUUAGGCCAUUCAUUGGUUUUAUUUCAGCAGUCCUUAGCCAUAAUAAUCAGGCUCUUUUGGUUAAGCAGCACAUCUAGCAAAACCCAAACUUGUUUCUUUCAUCUUUAAAUAUUCAUUCUGCAGACAUGCCAUAGGUUAUAUUUGUAAAAAAAAACAAACAAACCCAAAAACAAUAACUUAUUUUUGGUGGUGCACCCCCCCCCCAACUUCCCAAGAAUCAACAGAGGAAGGAAAGAGGAAUAUGUGAAAUUUUCAAGUUUGUGGCGGUUAAGUGGGAAACCAGCUUGAUUUUGCAGGGUCUGAGAAAACAUACUUGCAUACACUGAACAGCUGCUGCUUCUGGCUUAUACCACUAGUGGAAUGGCAAAGUUAGAACUGGUAACUAGGGAAGGGGGUAGGGGGAAGAUGUCUCUGUGAUUAGGUCUCAAAGAAAUGUGGUGAGGAACUCUGCAUGAAUAAAGUAGGUGCUUUGUAAGGAUUCAUUAAGAGCUAAAUUUAUUUCACUUCAGUUUACAGUGCUGCCUCUCUCCUAGAUUUGAAACUAAUGCAAUAAAAUGUACAGAUAAAUAUAAUGUUAAAAGGUCUCUUUCAUGCUAAGCUAGUCAUGAGUCUUUUAAAAUUCAUUAGUUUAAUUUUUACCAUUUAAAACAACAGAGCCGACUUUACAAAGGUAAAAGCUGCUUAGUAGCAAGCAACACAACUAGUCUUUCCAUCAACUGCUCGUUGUUUACAGGGUACAACCUUGCUGCUGUAUCCAUGACACAUCCAUCAGGUACAGAUAUUUUUAAGUGAAUGUACACAUUUGGUCUAGUAAACAUCAACAAGUCUAAACACCUGUAACAAGCACACUUCAUUUUAGGACAAGAGGUUUUUGUUUUUUUACAUAUACAAAAUUCCACAAAUUUAAUGUACGUCAAUAUCCAUGCAGUAAAUAAAUGUUUUUACAAAUAGUUUUUUUAAAUGAUAAAAAUAUUACACUAGACUCCAAAUUCCAUACAAACAUUAAUACAUGAUUUCUCAUCCAUUUUGACUAAAUAUAGGAUUACUGAAAAUGUGCUGUAGAAAGGCCACUCUCCUGUACAGUGUGCAAAGUCUGCAAAACGAUAGUGAUUCAAUGUUGAUUUCAAAAGCAAAGAAAAUGAUCCCUGCUGUGGAGUUUUUACUUCCUCCCCUACAGCAAAAAAUAUUCACUGGCAUAUAUCUGAACUCUUAGAGAUGAAAGUACAUUCACUGAGCUGUACAGGCAACAGUAUAAAGCUGAUUAGAAGUAGAUUUAGGAUAUAGAAUAGUAAAGGAGGGCCCCUUCCUCCUCCUAAAAAAACAGCAAAUUGUGACUUGUACGUUAUGCAGCCAGACACUAAAAAGCAGCACAGUCAUUAUCAUGCUGUGAUCACUUUCAAAAAUGAGAUACUUAUAAAUGGAAAUAUGUGAAGAGUACUUUUUCGUAGACUUCAUCCACUCUACAGAACAAUUCAUGAAGCUAGGAAGAACCUCUAUAAAUUCUUUCUCUCAUGUAAUUCAUUGUAAUAUAUCUCUGAAUGACCAUCAUCCUCUUGCUCCUCAGGAGAGAGGCACAUUUUUAUUUUUCAACAUUGUUUUCAUAUUAGAACACACACCAGCCUGUAACGAAACAUAUUUUACUCCCCUGCUUGAAGUAUAAUUAUGUAAGCUUAAUUAAUGGACUGGGGGAAAAUUGGAAAAAUAACUGGAAAGUUGAGUCAUUUCAGUUUAUACCUUGUUUUUUAGGAGCUGGAGUUUAAAAACAUGAGUUUGGGCUAAAAUUAUAUAUAUAUAUAUAUAUAUAUAUAUAUAUAUAUAUAUAUAUAUAUAUCUAAGCUGCCUUUCUGGGUGAAUUAGCUGUGUUUUAAAAAAAUCCACUCUCAAAUUCCUCUGUACACAAUCAGCAUUUCAUCACUACAAAAAUAAAGGAAGAUUUAAACCAAGAAAAUAAAGCAGCUCUAUCUUCAAUUUUGGUCUUAGUUACAAAAACAUCUUACAAAGCUUUGCCCUGAUACACCAUUAAGUGUCCCCAUAGAUUUGGAAUAAUACUUCCAUUAACCAGCUUUCACAAGUUAAUAGACUAUUAAGACGAAUAUUAGAUACCUGAACUUUUCUUAUGUUGAUGCUCUUCUAUUUUGCUUAACUCUUGUAUGCACAUCUACAUUUCACAAAAAUAAAACUACUGCAUUAAACUUUG